AUGCCUAUCGCCAGCGUUAUUUUCAACGGCAAGCAAAGCGUAUGGCUGAAAAUAAGAAAAAGGAGACUGGUACGUCUUCAUGACGGGCUUGUUCCAAAGACUGAGUGCUCUCAACCGUUGAUCCUUGUCAUGCAUGUUUUCUCUUACGAGUACCGUAGAAAAUCUCAGUGGAAGGAUAUGUGUAGUAUUGUUGAGCCAAACAAGUUCUACAGCCUCGAAAACUGCCUUUGCAGCAAUUAUGGAAUCUUACAAUUAAACCCCAAUUUAUCUUCGUUAAUGUCGUUGCAUGUGGGACCCUCGGCCUGCACGUUGAAUCGCAUCGUGUGCAUGUCAGGUAAACCUGAUACCCAAGUUCUCACCCGGCCGUGUUAG